AUGAGGCUCCUGCGAGCAGCAGCAAACUUGCUGCUGGGGGCCCUGGCCGUGGGCCUCGCGGGCCUGGGGGCCCCCGGGGGCCCCGGGGGCCCCGGGGGCCCCGGGGGCCCCGGGGGCCCCGGGGGGCCCCUGUGCCUGGCGCUGGCGGCGCAGCGGGGGCGGCUGGGGGGCAGCAGCGGGCCCGAGGGAAGUGACCCUGAGGCCAUUCAAAGAGCAGCAGAUUCGGAGUCUUCUGCAGCAGGAUAUUCUUCUGCUGCUUCCGACACAGAGAGCAGCAGCAAAGGAGCAGCUUCUAGAAAAGAAAAGAAAAAAAAAAGAACAAAAAAACUCAAAAAAAAAAUAAAAAAGGCCAUCGGGUCCCCCAGAUUCCUUGUCCGCAGGCGCAAGGGAGGAGCCAGUCUUGAAGCUCUGCCGGCGGUGGGAUCGGGAUCGGGAUCGGGAUCGGGAUCGGGAUCGGGAUCGGUGUCUUCGCUGGACGCUGCGGGGCCCCACAGAUCCCAGGAGAAGCUGGGGAUCGGGGAUCGGGGGAUCCCAGGAUCCUACACUCCCCUCGAAACUCCUUCUCCAGAGCCUCGACUGACUCCAACUGCCCCCCCCCUCCCUCCCGAGGAGUUUACUGUUCCAGUUCAAGUUCACCACGGCCAAGACCACGACUCGGGGGCCCCCGGGGCCCCCGGGGCCCACGGGGCCCAUGGGGACCACGGCGAGCACGGGAGCCCCCACGGAAGUCCCCAUGGGGGCCCCCACGGGGGCCCCCACGGGGGCCCCCACGGGGGCCCCCACGGGGGCCCCCACGGGGGCCCCCACGGGGGGCCCCAUGGGGGGCCCCAUGGGGGCCCCCAUGGGGAGGAAAAGCGGCCUCCUCCCCCCCCCUAUUCUCCGCCGCCACCCUACAGGCCCCCCAGGCCCUCUUCGCCGCCCCCCCCGUACUCCGACGGGGGCCCCCAAGAUGCCCCGCAGCAGCAGCAUGGGGGGCCCCCCGAGCCCCACGGCCACGAGGGGGGCCCCCCCCACGGCGAGCAUGCAGCCUCGGACCACUCGGAGGCCCACGGGGGCCCCCAUGGGGGCCCCCAUGGGGGCCCCCAUGGGGGCCCCCAUGGGGGGCCCCAUGGGGGGCCCCAUGGGGGGCCCCCAGUGCCCAUGCCCAGGACCAUACGGAGACCCGUGCAGCAGCACGGAGGUGCAGCAGAGCAGGGGCAGCAGCAUGGACCGCAGCAGCAUGACCAGUGGACCACUCCGCAGCAGCCCCCAGUACCCCUCCAGCGGCGGCUGCCACCCAGGACCUCCCAGGGGGCCCCCAUGGCCCACGGGGGGCCCCCCGGGGGGCCCCCCGGGGGCCCCGGAAGCAGAGGCCCGCCGCCUAAGCCGCCCCGGAGGAGCAAGCCCCCUCCCCCCGCGGCUCCAGAAGGGCAGCAGUAG